AAUGUUCUUAUCGAAGAUUUCAUACUCUUCCCAUUUGGUUAAAUCAGUGUUAUCAAAGUUACUUUUAAUAACACCAUCAAAGUAUAAUACCCUCAACAAGAGUAUUUUUGUUAUUUUUUUCUGCAAGUAUGAUAAGCGUACGCCAAAAUAACUGAAGAAUGGUUAUCUAUAUAGAUGCAUAAAAGCGCUUGGUCUGAGAUGUUUUGGCUGUAGUCAUUCGAAAAAUCUGAAUUCAGUAUGAUCGCUGCACCUUUACGCUCGCCAACAUCGCCGACGGAAGACAAGAAGCUCCCUUAUAACCUCACUGGCAAGGGAUACGGCAAGGAUGGCGUUAAGCUGUUCCAUGUAACUCGCGAUGGGGCUUAUCAUAGCGUGCAGGAGUUUGACAUUAAAGUGCAUAUUAAACUUAGUGGCAAUAAGGAGUACACUGAGGGUGAGAACUCAGAAAUUGUUGACAGCGAUGCCCUGAGAAAUAUUAUAUGUGUGCUUGGAAAGAAACAAGGCAUUGAAGGUCCCGAAAAGUUUGCUUUGCUGGUCGCCAGGAAAGCUCUUGAGCAAUACGCGCACAUUGUCGAAAUCUCAUUGAACGUUGAAACUUACCCUUGGCGACGCAUUAGCCAAGAUAAAACCAAACCAGAUGGAUCUACAACCAAUUAUCAACAUAAUCAUGCAUUCAUGUUCACCUCAACUGCGCAGCGUUACUGCGAAGUAAUUGUGAGACGUCAAGAUGCAAAACCAACUGUAAUAAGUGGAUUCAAAGGUCUACGCCUUUUGAAGACCACCAAAUCAACGUUUCUGCAUUUUAUUGAGGAUGAAUAUACCACAACUCCCCAACUUCAUGAUCGUAUGUUGUCCACCAUUGCGGAAGGUGCUUGGGAGUACUCUGAUUUUGAGAAUGUUGACUUCACAAAGGACUGGGAGUCAGUGACAGAAACUGUGGUUAAGACUUUUGGUGGCGAUCCCAUUGAUGGCACCGUAUCAACCUCAACACAACGAACCUCUUAUCUCUCAAUUAAGCAGGUUCUUGAUGAUCUUCCCCAUGUUGCAGUUAUGUCUCUAACUCUGCCAAAUAGGCACUACGUUCAUUUCGAUAUGAAGCCCUUCAAGAAAUUGGUGCCUGGAGAAAAUAACGAAAUUUUCAUUCCUCUCGAUAAGCCAUAUGGCAUCGUUUACACUCAGUUGUCACGUAAGGAUCUUAAAAGUCAUUAUUGAUGAGUGUAUAAAAUGUUAAUAAAAACUUUUAUAAAAGUAUAAAAUAUUAGUAUAAAGUCUGGCAAUAAAAAGCAA